AACAUAUUAUUAUUAUUAUUAUUGAAAUUAUAUAUAUUUUUUGUGUCACGUUAUUUUUAUAUUAAAAUGAUUCAAUACACUAUUUAACCGGUACGACGGACAAACGGUAUCACGUCGCUAUAUACGUAUCAUAACUGCAAAACACGUACCUACUAUACGUACAUCGCGAUAUUCGUCGGUUACGGGCGGACUUUGAUUUUUUUUUUUUUUUUUUUUUAGUUUGUUUUUUUGUAAAAUCGUUUUCGCAAAUAAUUAUAACAUUAUUCUAUUCCAUAAUAUGUUCGCUUAAACGCUGUACACUCGUACCUACCACUGUUUUAACAAUACAAUUAAUAUCGUCAUACGCCGUUUUACUUGGUUUCUGUUUACAGCGUAAUAUAAUAUUAUCGUUUUCGUUCGAAACUCCGGUCAUGGUAUUAUUUCGUUUUUCGUCUUUCUAUCGUAUAAUACGUACAUUUGUAUCUUCCGACGUUUUGUCAACCGUACCCAUGGCGUGUACGAUGUAAUGCACACGUAAAAAAUAUUAUACUACAUAUUACUACGAUAUCGACCCGAAUGAAGGACCUUAGAAUAAUUACUGUCUUACUCGUUAUUAUCACGCCCGGAGUCGUCAGUACUAGUACGGAAUGUUCAGCAUAUCAAGCUCGGUCCAUUUACUGUUACGAAUGCGACAGCGCCAAGGACCCGCGCUGCAAAGAUCCGUUCAACUACACAGCCAUGCCUCAAGACCAACCGCCACUGGUCAGCUGCAACGGAUGUUGCGUUAAAAUGGUGCGAUACGUGCGAACGUCGUAUGAGAGCAUCAAGAGGACGUGCACAUCACAGCUACAGAUCAACCUGUUCAUGGUGGACCACGUGUGCAUGAUGGAGGGAACGGGCACGGGACACAUGUGCUUCUGCGAGGAGGACAACUGCAACGCUGCCACCGGCCUGGCGGGGUCGUCGGCCAUGGUGUCCGGUGCGGCAGCGGUCGCCGCGUACGCGCUGCGUCUACUGCUACUGCACCGGUAGACGUACGGCGACGGAUGGGUUCAGCGGUGAUUUCGUCUCGCGUCGUUUAUUUUAUCGAUUUUUUUUUUUUAUUCAACAUCCCCCCUCCCCCCUAAAACACGAUUCACGUCGGGUGUAGAUUUUUGUUUUUGAUUUAUAUAACAUUUCACGCGAUCCCUCCCUCCCAAUGCCUGUAAACUGUACUACUUAUGUGUGUGUCUAAACAGUGAAAACGCCGUUUUUGUCAGAGCUCGCAGACUGUAGUCGCAAGAGCCAGGGCGUCGACAGAAUAAACGAGACCGUGUCUCGCCGUUGUCACGAA